AUGGGACUGCAGAUGCGCGUGCAGAGGGCAGCAGGGCGCACGGGGCGCACAAGACAGCAGGGCGCGCGGUGCGCGGGGCGCACAGGGCAGCAGGGCAGCAGGGCGCACAGGGCUGCAGGGCAGCAGGUCGCGUGGGGCGCGCAGGGCUGCAGGGCGCGCAGGGCAGCAGGACAGCAGGGCGCGCGGGGCGCGCAGGGCUGCAGGGCGCGUGGGGCGCACAGGGCAGUAGGGCAGCAGGGCGCGCGGGGCGCAGCAGGGCUGCAGGGCGCACGGGGCGCACAGGGCAGCAGGGCGCACAGGGCUGCAGGGCAGCAGGGCGCUCAGGGCAGCAGGACAGCAGGGCAGCAGGGCGCGCGGGGCGCAGCAGGGCUGCAGGGCGUGCGGGGCGCACAGGGCAGCAGGGCGCGCAGGGCUGCAGGGCACGCGGGGCGCACAGGGCAGCAGGGCGCACGGGGCUGCAGGGCAGCAAGGCGCGCAGGGCGAACAGGGCAGCAGGGCGCACAGGGCUGCAGAUCCCCUCCCCCCAGGGGGAUGGAGGAGAAGUGUGGGGGGCUGGGGGGGGCUGGUGCUGCAGAUCCCCUCCUGCCUCCCCCUGAACCUCCAAGCUCCCCCCCCUUCCCAACACAAGGAGAAGGGGGGGGACGGGGGGGGUUGGUGCUGCAGAUCCCCUCCCCCCCACUGCUGCACCCGCAGCAGGGGGAGGUAGGAGAAGGGGGGGGCGGGGGGGGCUGGUGCUGCAGAUCCCCUCCCCCCCACUGCUGCUCCACAAUCCUUCACCCCCCAGGGGUGGAGGAGAAAGGGGGGGCGGGGGGGGCUGGUGCUGCAGAUCCCCUCCUGCCUCCCCCUGAACCUCCAAGCUCCCCCCCCUUCCCAACACAAGCUAGUGCGGUUCCUUAUUGCCGCCAGAGACAUGACGCCGAUUAUGUGUGCUGCUCUCUCUGCCGCAUGUUGGCGUGCUUUGUCGCGCUUCUCGCUCCUCCCGAGAAAUACGUCACCGCUCAAUCCUCGUUUCUCGUGGAGAAAGCGAAGACGUUGCUCGCCGUUGCAAAUCAAACGGCGGCGAACCUAACAGCGGCGCAAGCGGACGCCGCCAGACGCGCGGAUGAAGUAGCCGCCGCCACGCAAGCACUCUCUGAUUUGCUGGCCCUGGACACGGCACUCAACGACCGCGUUUCAAGCAUCUCCGAUAUGAAUAUAAGUCUCGCCAAUGCACAAAACGACCUCAGCAUCGCGAACAAGAUCCUCGCUCAACGAACCGCGGAUCUCAACGCGUAUAACGACGAUCCUACGAAGUUCCCGCAAAUCCCGGCGGCGCAGAAGGCGGUCACGGAAGCGACUCGGCGCGUAAACAUAACGUCCACGCUCAUACAGAAAUGGCAGAGCACCGUGCAAGACGCUGUGCAGGCCGAGGCCGAGGCAGAAAAAACGUUCAUGAAUCACCCGUCUUCGACGGCGGCGCAAGUGGCGUUUACGGAAGCGCGGGAGACGCGGAAAUAUGUGGAGGACGUGUAUGGGGAUAUCGUGGCGCAAGAUCUGCGCGCGCAGGCGCGCCUCACGCGUGUGCAGCAGGAAUUGACCGACCUUCCGCUGAACCCGCCUACGGUCGACGUGAACGUUUUCCCGAAGGCAGUGGAGGAUGCAAAAGUCGCGGUUUUCGUUGCUCGCCAGGUGUACGACGGCAUGCUUGCGGCUAUCACUGACGCGCAGAAAGCGGUUAUCCUGUACAAGGCGACGAAGGCGAAGGCGGUUACUGACGCGAAGACGCACUUGGCGAAGGCUAAGCAGAGCCAGGCUGUCGCAGACAAGAAGUUGAUUCAGCUCACGGAUAAGCUCAAGGCAGCGCUGAUGCAAGCUGACAGGGCGGAAAAGGCUGCUGGGAUUAGCAAUACUGCUGGAGUCAGCAACACUGCUGGAAUUAGCAAGACUGCUGCUAAAAAGAAGAAAGGUGCAAUCAGAAAGACAGCCUAA